GUUUUAGGGCUGGAUUAAGCACCUUUAAAAGGCUCUUUAUCUUAAACGUACGCUGUUAAAACCGUGCUUAUCAUCGUGCUAACUUCCCGCCUCAGCUUUUUCUGGGAGCAAAUGGGUCAGUGAAAGGACUAGUUCGGAUUAUUUUUUUUUUUCCUAGCUUGUCCUAUGAAGAAAUAUAAACGUUAAUCUUUUUGUAGCGUGUCAGGCAUAUACGAAAAAAAUCUGGUGAUUAAGCUUUUGUUUGAGGUUAUACUAUUGAGGAGACUUUAUAUCAAGGCAACCUGCUUCUCUGUGUUGUUUCUGAAAGGAAAAGGGGGUGUCUGACUUCUGUGAAGCUGGACAAAAUUUUGACAGUUCUUUAGGUCCUUUGCACAAGUUUGUAUUUUGUGUUUGUAUCAUGUAAGAUAAAUAGAUCCUUGACUAUUUUACCUAAGUGAUGGAAGCAUACACUAAAGAAAAAAAACCCCACAACUUUGGGUCUUUGGCAUUCAUAUUUGUGUGAAAGAAUCUAGGAUGUUCCAAGAAAAGGCAUCAGCGAAUUGCUUAAAUAUAACAACAUCUACUGAAGAUGGUGCUUUACAAAAAAAAACCCAUAGUGCAAGAAUCCUUAGCCCAGAAGAAGCUGAGAGACUGGCAAAAGACCGGGUUUUGGUGUCUGAGUUCAAACAACUAAAACUGGAGAAAGAGGCACAGAAGAACUGGGAUCUGUUUUACAAAAGAAACAGCACCAACUUCUUCAAAGACAGACAUUGGACAACCAGAGAGUUUCAAGAGUUAAAAGCAUGUCGGGAGUUUGCAGAUCAGAAACUGACCAUUCUGGAAGCAGGCUGUGGGGUUGGGAACUGCUUGUUUCCACUCUUAGAAGAAGAUCUGAAUAUUUUUGCAUAUGCCUGUGAUUUCUCUCCUAGAGCUGUUGAGUAUGUGAAGAAAAAUGCCUUGUACAGUACUGAAAGAUGUAAAGUGUUCCAGUGUGAUCUUACCAAAGAUGAUCUUCUAGAAAAUAUUCCACCAGAUUCUGUGGAUGUUGUCACACUUAUAUUUGUACUUUCUGCCAUUCACCCCGACAAAAUGCAUCUUGUCUUGAAGAACAUUUACAAGGUAUUGAAACCAGGCAAGUGUGUCUUGUUCAGAGACUAUGGACUGUAUGAUCAUGCAAUGCUCAGGUUUAAAUCUGGCAGUAAACUUGGAGAAAACUUUUAUGUUAGGCAAGAUGGGACAAGAUCAUACUUUUUUACUGAAGAGUUCUUGUCUCAGCUUUUCAAGGCUGAGGGAUACGAGCAAGUGGUCAAUGAAUAUGUGCAGCGAGAAACUGUGAAUAGGAAAGAAGACUUGCGUGUUCCAAGAGUUUUUCUUCAAAGCAAAUUUCAAAAGCCUUUCAGUAAGACAUAAGUUCUUGCUGAUUAGCAACAGCACUGCUUGUUUCACAUGGUAACUAGCACGUAGUUUUUCCUUGUGUGUGCUCAUCUUUCUGGUAAAUCAGAAAUUACUGCAUCUAGUACU